GUAUGGAAAUGCUAAAACACACUAUCCCUCGUUUUAAGCGCACCACAUUCAACACAAUGCUAACUGAAACAUGUUAACACAUUGCUACGGACAUUUUUUGGAUUAAUUUAAUAACAUAUUCCACCACAUCGAACAAGAUUCAGGAAAUGAUUUUCCUCAAAUUAGCUUUCCGGAAACUGAAGAAAAUCGGCAUCCGUUACUUGCUAAUUCUUAUUCUCUCGUGGUUUAGUCUGAUGUUCUUGCUGCAAAAAACUAUUCAGGGCUACGACACGGACAAGAUGUCCAUCCUACUGCAGGACGCUGACCGGACCAAAAUGGAGCUACGAGUUGAGAGGGACGAGGUCCCUGAUGACCUGAAGAUGAACCAAAAUGGGGCAGGGGGCAAGGGAGUUCAACUUACAAAAGAGGAGAAGGAAAACUCCAAGAAAACAUACUAUCUGAACCAGUUCAAUCUGGUGGCCUCUGACAAACUGGGUCACUUUCGGGAACUGGGGGACUUCAGGAGUAAAGAGUGCAUAGAGAGACACCCCUCCUACCCUCCCAAUCUGCCCACUCUCUCCAUCAUCGUCAUAUUCCACAACGAGGCACUCUCAACCCUCAUGCGCACUGUCACCAGCUGUUUCUAUCGGACGAACCAGGUGCUACUUAAAGAUAUCAUUCUCACUGACGAUGUCUCGAACAGGACAGAUGUGACAGAGGAAUUGCCAAAAUAUAUCCAGGGUCACUUCCAGGGAAAGGUCAAGAUAGUACGCGCACCCACCAGACAAGGUUUGAUCAAAGCGAGAGUGUUCGGGUCAAACUACGCAACUGGAGAGGCGCUGGUGUUUCUGGACUCUCACUGCGAGUGCACCGAGGGGUGGGCGGAGCCUAUUCUGGCUGAGAUCGCGAGGGACUACCGAACUGCAGUGCAGCCAUCGAUAGGACAAAUCAGCUCACAGACAUUCUCCAUGCACGCAUUUACAGAGGUGAAGAAUGUUGGGAAGUUUGACUGGUCACUACUGUUCAAAUGGAGAAGCAUUCCAGAUCAUGACCGCAAAUUCAUCACUAGCAAGGCUGACUCAGUCAGAACUGCUACAAUGGCAGGAGGUCUCUUCGGAAUAAGCAAGAGAUGGUGGGAGUAUUUGGGCAAAUAUGACCCUGGAUUCGAGCUUUGGGGAGGAGAGAACCUGGAAAUAUCAAUCAAGAGUUGGUUGUGUGGCGGGUCGGUGGUCAUAACUCCCUGCUCCAUCAUUGGCCACGUGUUCCGAAACAAACAUCCCUACCAUUGGUACAAAGAGGGUCCGGACAAUGCCUUCUCUAUCAAUGCCAUGCGACUGGCUGAGGUGUGGUUAGAUGAGUUCAAGGAAGUGUUCUAUCGACAAGCCCCCACCCAAAUACGCAAACUGGACAUCGGGGAUAUCAGAGACAGACUGGAGCUGAAAAGAAGACUAGACUGCAAGCCGUUCCGUUGGUUCCUGGAGAACGUGGUGAAAGACAUGUACAUACCUACUCCCACCAACAUCCACGCCGGUAUUCUGCAGGUGGUCUAUCUGGGACGCAAACAGUGCAUAGACCACUUCCAACAGAGGAGUGGAAAUGUCAACACAUAUCCAUGCCACUACUUGCAUUCACAGCACAUAGAGUAUACAACUGCAAAGGAAUUGCGUAUGUUGGGCCAAGUAUGCCUGGAGGCUAUCUCAAAGGACCUUCAAGUGACCAAACGAGCCUGCAGCUUGAACAAAAACCAAUUGUGGGAUAUUCCAAGUUUUAAAUCUGGUCCCAUUAUACACAUUGAGACACAGCAGUGCUUGACACUUCAAGAGGGAAUGCAAGCGAAUGUCGUGUUGGCCGAUUGCGACUCUAGUAAUGAGCUUCAGAAAUGGACCUUUGCAAAACACUUGUCGAGAGAACAUUCUUAA